AAACCAUUUUAUUUUUUCUUCCAAUCUGCUCUGUUUUAGUUUCCAAAACACUGCGAAGGUUACAGAUGAUAAAUUGAGUUUGUGCACUUUUAUUGCUGUUGGAUGAUAAGAAGCUUCCUGGAAGCUCUUCCAAAAUAGAAAAGCUUGUUUUCCAGGCAGUCGCAUCACGCGUGCAUCUUUGAGAACCAGGCGCAUCGGCCCUGCGAAUUAGCUUAGCAGAGAAGAGUUGCAAGCCUAUCUGUUAAACAAGUAUCUCUUCUUCUACAGAACCAGAGAAAUGAGAGAGAGGGUAAUUUUCUUGCAGAAAAAUGCUGCAAAUAGAGCCAUCAGAGAGGCUAAAACUAUGAUGAGAGCAGAAAACUUCAAGUCUGCAAUAACCAAAGUUGAAGAAGCAAUCAGUCUAUAUAGUACCCAUAUUCCAAACGGUAAAGAAAUGUUAACUGUAUGUAAGAUUCUUCACAAAUCUCAAACGUUUCAACCACAACCUGAUGAAGAAUCAUGGCCUUAUGAUCUUCUUCAAAUCCCAUCUUCAUCGACACUAUUACAAGUUGAAUACCGCUACAAGAAUCUCCUAAAUGACUUGGUUUUGCUAAAAGAUAGGAAGUUCCUUUUAGCAAAAAGCGCAAGUUUUGCUGCUAAGUUUCUGCGACAAGCCAUGUCUGCAUACGAUCGAUAUAGGGUAAUAGUACCUUCUGAUGAUGAUGAUGAAGAAGAUGGUGGUGACGGUACUGGUGAUGACGAAGCUGCUGCUGACGAUGGCAACGGCGGUAAUGGUGAUGAUGCUGAGGAGGAGGAUAGUAAUGAUGAUCCGCUUGCUGCACGAUCUCCAGAAUUCAAGAAACUUCGCACUGGCACAUAUUUACAGCAUCACCACAACAACCCCAUUUUAGGCCCUUAGCAAAAUACUGUCCUACUGUUAGACAAGAAAUGAGAUUAGGAUUUGAUAUGAUUUUUGUUAAACUAACUCAAAAAUUGCAGAAUUCAGGUGAUCUAUCUAAUGAAGAAGAAGAUACAAUUAGAGGAGAGUUAUCUAAUCUGGAAGAAAUGGGAUAUGAUGUGAUGAAAUUGACAGAAAGGUUUGAUUUAUUGGUGAGACUAAAAACACUUGUUAAAGAAGAUGAGAGCUACGAAGAAAAAAGAAAGAAUUUGGCAGGUAAAAUUAGUGCUGAAAUAGUGCAAUUGGAGAAGACUCAACGUAAAAUUUCAGAGUUAAAGACUGAGAAUGAAGUGGUAAGCUGAGUCGAAAUGCAUAAUCUUAAAUCUAUGUUAAGGGAGAUUUAUACAACAUGGUGAAAAUGUAUGUUGAAGAUCAUUAGGGAGUGAGAAAAUUUGUGAUCAUUUUGGCGAAAUGGUUCAGAGCUGUAGAUUCUUACUGGCAUAUGGAUAAACCUUUUUGUUUAUGCAGUCACUUGUAUUUCAUGGUCAGGUAGGGAGAUAUCAGUGCAUUACAAGUUUUACAAAUCUGCUUUGACAGGCAAUUCUUAGAUUUUGACAGGCAAUACUUUUCUUGUUUUGCUUGUAAAAUUUUGAUGUUUUGUUUAUCUGAACAUGGUCCUAACCUAAAUGACAGUAAUUCUGUCAAGGAACUUAUUGCAUUAUUUAGUUGGAUACUUGAAACAAAAACUAUGAAGAAAAACGAAUUUCUUUUGAAGGUAAAAUUA